AAAAAUAAAUAUGAAAAUUUACUUACUGAUUGCCAUCACCCUAUUGCUCCUUUCAGGGGCAAUAGGGCAGGAAAAUAGUGGAACACAGAAGAGUUUAGCAGAAGAGCAAGCGACAAUGUACUCUAGUGAGCCUGAAUGAGGGAGUCAGCAGCUUGCUAUCUGAGGGUAUGUUCAAGGAGGUGGAGACCCUAGUCUGUGCCACUCAGCAGGAGUUUGUCAUUGCUGUGGACGUCCUGGAGAUAUCUGUGAAAAUGAAUGCGAUUUUCUCUAAUUAUGAACCUCAUGGCUGUAAGCUGCUCUCAAUAGAACAUAUGAUCAUCUUCAUAUUUCCUCCUAUGC